AUGAAGCUACUUUCUCGCACGAUUGCGAAACUCUUCCUUUUAGGAUUUUUGGACUACGUCGACACUUCUCUCAAGAUUGCCAUCGUCAAUCCUGCGGACGUGAAAAAAGCGAACGUGACAUCAGAUGCGCUGAAGUCAGCGAUCCACGCCAAGUUUGAUACUGAAUUGAAGAGGUUUGAGCAAGGAUCUGUGGUUGGCAUGGGGUCCACAGACACAUCAUCUACGUUGCUGACCUCGAUCCCUGUUGACUUGUUCGUGUUGGUUCCUGACCGGGAUGCUUCCAACACUGUGAUCAAGUUGUCCGUACCCAACGCAACCACGUACGGGAUUUUCGCAAACCAUCCCUUGUCCGAGUGGGAGGGGGCUUUGAAGUUCAUGAUGGAUAGCCGUUCAAAUGAGGUCCUCCUUGAAGGGUCGACGACCUGUCAAUCGUCCUUGUCUUCCUCUGCCGUGUGGGGACUGUCGAUCUUGGGAGCGUUUAUCGGAGCAGCCAUGUCGCUUUCCGGUGUGCUGAUUAUCGUCCCUGUGCUCAAGAUGGAGGAGCUGUGGAUUCUCAAGUACCUCAACUGCCUGGCUGCUGGCGUGCUGCUCAGCUUUGUUCUCAUCCAUCUCAUCCCCGAAGCUGGCCAUCUGCAUGGCAGUUUAAGCUGGGAGGUCAGCACAACCGUGUUGGCUGGAUUCUUUGCUGGGCUUCUGGUCGAGCAUGGUAUACACCUCUACUUCACUGCCUUCGGGAAGGAGCCGGCAAGGAUUGAAGGUGGGACCGGGACAUCGCCUAGGAAAGGAGAGCUGGUCUUUGUCGAUCAAGAAGCUCAAGAUCACAUGGCGCUGAGCAGUCAGAAAGCGCUGGACGGUGACGCUGUGCAAGACAAGCCAGUCGCAUGGGGAAGGAUCGGAAACAUCCUGCUCGGAGAUUUCUUCCACAACUUCUUCGAUGGGGUAUCAACGGCGAUUGCUUUCAAGUACUGCGGCUCUGGACUAGGAUGGGUUGUCGUUGGAGCAGCCGUCGCUCACGAGCUUCCGCAAGAGCUGGGCGACUUUGUAGUGCUGUACAACUCUGGCAUGUCCAUCAAAUGGGCUCUGAUCAGCAACUUUCUCUCUUCGCUCUCGGCCUGUCUGGGGAGCAUCGUCAUCCUUGCCGCCACGGAGAGUGCUCAUGAGAAUAUCAACCAAGACAUGGGUACAGCAACCUUGUUGUACGUCUUGUGCUUUGACAUCUCUGACAAUCUCCUUGCGACAUUGAAGGCCUUGUACUGGACAUGGUCAAAGUGGACGAUGUGCGAUCAGCUAUGA